AUGCUGGCCGUCGGAGUGACACUGGGCAUCUUGGCGUGCGCCCUGUGGGCCAACUGGUGGCCCCUCUUCGUCGUGGGGUGCUUCCUGUUCGCUCCUCUUCCGCAUAUCUUGUUCGGGUGGUGCUAUUCUGAUGACUUUGCUGGCUUCGUGGACGAGAGAUCCCGAGGACUGAAGGAUGUGGCCGACUUCCUCACCGGCUCGGCGCUGGCUGCUGGCUUUGGUCUGCCCAUCAUUCUCAUGCACACCGAUGUGCAUGCCUGGCUCAACCGUGCGACCGUCCUUCCUGGCCAACAGAUCGACCUGGGCCCGAUGUUUAUGUCGAUGGUUGGCGGCGCGGUCGUCUACCUGUCGGUGGUGGCCUACGUCUACGUGUGCCACAAGGGCCAAGAAGAGGCCGACUUCUCCAUGUGA